AUGGGGAAGAGCGCCGACGAGUUGCAGACAAGCAGUCUGGAGGACAUAGCUGUUCCGCGCGGCUACGCCUCCAAACUUUGCCGCACAGCAGAGCACAAGUCAGAAGCGUCCGAAGCCGCGUCCGAAGCGUCAGAGGCCCCCGAUCUCAUGCGAAAUCCAUCGCAAGGGGGGCCUUCCAAUCAAGGGAAGCGACCACCGCGAGGAUCCGUCGUUGCGGCGGACUUCAUCAAAGCCGACCAUAUGGACUCGGAGAAGGAAGAGAGUCCAGCGCGAAUGACAGUGAAACAGAAGGUAGAGUUGUGGGCCACGUGGUGCGUGGGCAAUUACUAUGUUGGCAACUUCAUGGCCUUCGUCGUCUUAGUCGAUGCCGUUUGUACGUGGGUGGACAUUGACGCCCGCGCAGCGGCUACAACCCCAGAGCCCUUCUUCGUCUUCUUCUCCGACUUUAGCUUGGGCCUCUACACAGUCGAGGUGUUUCUGCUCCUCAUCAGCAAGGGGGCAUGCGGUGUUUUACAUGAUUGGAUGGCACUUCUCGACAUCACCAUCGUGGGAUGUGGCUACUUGGAGAUACUGAUGAACGCCUUUGCGUCGGACUUAGUGGCUAAUCUGAGCGUCAUGCGGGCUCUACGGUUAGCACGUAUCUUCCGGUUGCUGCGACUCUUCCGUCGAAUCAGAGCCCUACGCGAGCUCCAGAAACUGGUAACGAUGAUGGCAACGUGCCUGAGAACCCUAGCCUGGUCCUUCCUCCUGUGCUUUGUCGUCAUGACGAUAUGGGCCAUGCUGAUGGUUGAGGUAGUGAACCCCAUCGUCCGGGAAAUGGCCGAAGACCCGCAGAGCAUAAUUGCCGACUGCGAGUACUGCAAGGUCUCCACAAGCUCGGUAAUUGAGGCCAACCUGCUGCUGUUCAAGACAGUCAUUGCAGGAGACAGCUGGGGAGAAGUUGCGGUUCCAGUAAUACAGCGAAAUCCCGAAACAGCAGUGCUGUUCGUUGGUUCGCUGCUAACUCUGGUGUUCGGCGUUCUGAACAUCAUUGUGGCGGUUGUUGUCGACACCUUCGCUGAGGCCAGACAGAACGACAUCCUGAACCUGGCAGAGGAGAUGGAGGAGGAUAUCGAAAAGGACAAGGAAGCCCUGGCGAAGCUCUUCGAAAGGAUUGAUAAGGAUGGCAGUGGCCAGCUGACCUUCGAGGAGCUCAUUCAGGGUGCCCGUCGGGACCCAGUCUUUCAGAGCCGACUACGGGUCAUGGACAUUGACGAGAAUGACCUGCAGCAGCUUUUCAGUAUGAUCGAUGUGGACAACAGCGGCAACAUUGAAGUGGCUGAGUUCAUUGGCCCACUUAGUCGGUGGGUGCACGACUCGAAGACGGCGCCCAGGUUCAUCAAGUACAACAUGCUGCAGACCAUGCAACUCCAAGAGGACAUGUAUAGCCUCUCCAAGCACUACUUCGGCUACCUCUCCGAGCGGAUCGAUUCCUUAGCAACCAGCGUGAGCCUCCUCACUGCCCGCCAUGACUCGGGGGUGUCAUCCCAAUCCCCUCAGAUCUCGCAGACACUCGCCAGACUCCGACCGGUGGUGGAAACCGCAGAGGUCUCAGAGGACCAGAUCGAGCAGCCUCACAGCUCAAGCAAGCCAGAGACUCUUCGCCUUGCCGAGUGCUUGUCUGCCCUGAGUUCGCAGACUCUGAGUUCGCAGGGUGAUGAAUUCAGGCCGAUAUGGAAUGGAAUGGACCUCAGGCCAUUGCUUGAUGCUGCGGUCAUGAAGGUCGAGAUAGGGAUGAUCGAGAUGGAGAGUCGGCUGAAGCGAGCCUUCGCUGGUCUUCCAGAUGGGGCCCUGGGAGCGAUGCCAGCCUUCAGGGAUCCCUCCCGAAAGCCGAGCAACCCCCCAACCAGUUCACAGGACAUGAAAGCCUUCAGACACGCGGACCUCUUCAAGGCGGUUUAUGGCGAUGGAAAAAUCCGCCGCAGGUCGAAAAAGGACGCCACCUCGGGGAUAGCGCAGCUGGCCUUUGCACACGGGGCCGGAGUGCAGCCGCGGCGCGGGUCCGAGGACCACCUUGCGCCGUGA